AAGCACAAAUAAAUCUGAUAAGCCAGUUUACCAAAAAAAAAAAAAAAGUCAAGUAAAUGCUAAGGCUUAUUAUGACUAUGACUUUUGAAAAACGUUUAUAUUAGAGGUUAAGGUUUAAAACCUUGGAAGCUAGUUUCUCAUGUGGUAUUUCAGAUGACACAAGAGGAUACAACUAUUGGCACAGAGGAUACAGGGAGGAACUGUAGUGAGCAGUGCUUAUUACAGCAGGACUUCUGCCACGCCCAUUUCUUCACUUCCAAGCACCUCUUCCUUCCCAGUUCACUUAGUAGAUCCUCUUGGGAGUGGAGGGGGAGGCAGGAAGAUUUGCCGUGGGGCACUGCUUUUCACAGUACCUCUUUACUCAUUUCAGAAGAUAGUAUAAUAUAUAGGUGGAGCUUUGGGAUACCUUCUUAAAGUCCCGAGUCUCCAGGCUUUGCUGAGACACUUUGGUUCUUGCCCAGCAAGGGAGUAAGUAGUCAAAAUGAUCCCUGGGGGCUUGACGGAGGCCAGACCUGCUACUCCAGAAAUCCAGGAGAUCGCUGAUCAGGUUAAACAACAACUUGAAGAAAAAACAAAUGAGACUUAUGAGGAAUUUGAAGCUGUAGAGUAUAAAAGUCAAGUUGUGGCUGGAAUUAUUUUCUACAUUAAGAUUCGAGUAGGUGAUGGGCGUUAUACUCACAUAAAAGUAUUCAGAAGUCUCCCUGGACAAAAUGAGGAUUUGAAACUUGUUGCUUAUCAGACUGACAAGCAUGAGGAUGAUGAGCUGACUGCCUUUAACUAAACAUUCCAUAAGUGGCCUGAUUUCUUUCAUUGGCUGCUGAUUAAUGGUCCUUGUUCAUAGAUGCGACCACCAAUAAACAAGUAUUUCUCUUCAAA